UAAGAUUGUGCUACACCAGAAACCGAAGCAGCAAGCGCUUUCAAGUUUACAUUGAUGUUCCAACAAGUGAUACAUUUAAAACAAGUUAAAUGUUAGGAAGUGGAUCAGCUUUGUUAAGUACUUUUAAGGAGUAAUCUGGUGCUCUGCACAAUUCUUUGUCCAAGUUAAAGGUUUUAUCUAAGAUUUUUGUAGGUGAAGUCAUUUUACAUAUUCCUGUCAUUUAGAUGCUAAAAGUGUUGAAUAAUUAAGUGCUCAGUUUGUACGUUGUUGGUUCUCGAAACAGUUCACUUUUAUGUAAUUUAAGCUGAUAUUUAUUCAGGCAUUUUCUUAAGGUUUGAAGUGGUGUGAAAAAUAUUUUUCUAGUAUUCAUUCUUAUUAUUCAUUCGUUUGUAGCUACUAUUUCAGUUACUUGAGUUGUUAUUGUUAAGUCAUUAGUUCUGUAACCUAUAGCUAAAAGUUAUCUUGAGCCAAGUAAUAAGUAAAAGUUGCAUAAUGGAACAAAUGACUGACAAUGAAACUAAGAAGGCCGACUUACUUAAAGACAGUAAUGG